GCUGUGAGAGCUGUCUCAAAGGAAGAUGCUGAAGUUUGCAACAGGAGCUCUGAUACUUCUGUCCUGGUUUGGUGGACCGGUCCAUGGAGAGAUCAGUCCUGGCUUUAAAAACUGCCUUGAAUUUUUUUAUGAAAAUAUUAUACCAGAGGGUAUCACUGGAGAGGGAAUAUGUCAGGUCUAUAAAAACAAAUACCGCUUUUCCACCCUGUACGACAAGACCCGUCGUAUACCGUUCUACUCUGCAUAUAUCCUCAAUGCUACAACUGGUUCAAGGCCUGAUACACCAUGGAAGAUUGAACCACAGUUGGCAUCACUCACAGCCGGCAAAGAAAUGAAAAACCAAAAAAAGAACCAAAAAACUGACCAAAAUGUGAGGGAGAGCCAAGCAGUCGAUGAAGACUACAAAAACUCUGGUUAUACCAGAGGCCACCUCGCCCCCAGCAGUCACCAAAAUACAGAAGAUGACAGGAGAGCUACCUUCACCCUUACAAAUAUUGUUCCUCAGAUGAAAGGCUCCAAUAGUGGCCCCUGGAGUAACCUGGAACAGGAGAUGUUAAAGAGGUUUGAGAACUGCACAUCAAAGAUGUAUGUUAUCACUGGAGCCAUGCCUUAUAAGUCUGAAGAACACAAGAUCAAGGACAGGGUGCACAUUCCUGAGUACAUGUGGACUGCUUACUGCUGCGAGUCGUUCGACCCGAAGGCUGACCAGAACCGCUUUCCUACGUAUGCUGCAGUGGGAAGAAAUGACCAGAACAGUCCUGAGGACAUUGUGAAAAAAGACCCCAAUAAUAAGGGCUAUGAUGUGAAGGAGAUGUCCUUGGAAAGCCUGGAGCAGAUCCUGAAAGAAAGGCUAAAGUUGCCUGGAAUCAGUCUAUUUAAAAAUAAAUGCAAGAAAUAAAUAUGACAAGUUUUUGUUCUUUGAUAAUUAAAUGAAAGCAACUUAAACAUAUUAAACUAUACU